CGCUCAACGUGGAGGCCGAGCGGGAGCGGUUCUUCCGGGCCCGCUUCGCCUACGACCCGCAGUUCGAGUACGCCGAGCCGGUGCCCGAGGCCGUGCUGGACAAGUACCGCGCCGCCUCCGACCGCUUCGUGGCCCAGAUAAUAAUUAUGCAUGGAUGACAGCAAGCAGAGCACCCAGUCAUCUGAGCAAGAGGGAACAGGCAGGAGGCAAGAAGGAAGCGGCUUUCACGAUGCUGUGUGUAAACAAGCCCCAGACCUUGCCCAGGCACUGUCAGGCUGACGUGGGCAAAGGAGGCAGAGCUGGACGGGACAGCAGGGGCUCGCUGUGAGGAGCAGCUGCGAGCAGGCCAUGCCCUGAGGUCUUUAAACUUGUUGCAUCCGUACAGCUGAAGCAAUUUUGUUCAAGUAAGCAGUGCACACAUCAAGGGGGGAUGCACUGUGCACGAACUCAUGCACAUUAAAAGUCAUGCUCGCUCUUUGUUGAGGCCAUGUGGAGCCUUUAGAGAUCAGUCUUGGUAUGGGCCGGGAUGUCACGCUGAUGUAGGAAAGGUUUGUCUGCAGUGAUGACCAUCUUAGUUGCUUCAGAGGAAGAGGAAAAAAAUGUCAUUAGUAACUAUCAGACUGGCACAGAAGAGGUGCUUCUUUGCACCACUUAGCUGGGAGUUUUCCUGUAGUGUUUCGAAGAACAGCUUCUUGACUGCUUAGUUUCUUGGUUUUUGACCACUUACUUGUUCUUGUAUUGCAGAGAUGAGAAGAGAGUACUUGUUUUCAUUUUGGUAUGCAGCAAUCGUAUCACCUCAUGCUUCUGCAUCUCUAGAUGAAUGUUAUCUGGGCUGCUCUGUCCCUUUCAGUAAACAACUUUCUAAAGAGUUAGCCUUCUCUGGUGCUGUUUCUGCUGCACCUCCGCCCCGGUGACAUUGGUGCCAGCAGUGCUGUUUUGGGGGAGGUAGUCUGAUUCCUGUAAUGACCUUGCUUGCUUUUCAGUGAUUUCUUUCGUUCUUUCCUGCAUUUAAGUGUGUUUGAGUCCCUGAUUGAUGCAGUAAAUGGAAUUGUUCAGAGCUACUUCCCCUCUUCUGGGACAGUUGACUUACAAUAUGAAUAAUUGAAUUUAUUUGUCUCUGUGCAUUACUUUGAAUGAAACAGUCUUCAUAAAUGGCGUGAAUGUUCUCAUCCUGGUUCUUACACUCAUUGCAAGAGAUAUUAGUGUUAAAUAUUUCUCUCUAUCUUUACAAGUUCUCUGAUGUCUGUGUGAUGUGUCUUGGGAGAACAGAGGCUAUUCUGCCUUCUGGAAAAAGCACAGCAUGCACAAGUCAUGAGUGAGAGCUGUUGAGAAACAUUUAAAUUCUGUAAUUUGGAUGGGAAAGCCUUGUGGAGGUGAGUGCUCAGUUAAAGAGGAGAUGAAUGGGAACCUGGCAGCACUGGUGCCAGUAGUCCUUUGCUGAUACCCUGCAGUUGCCUCCUUUCAGUCCCUUUUAUUUUGGGAGACUUUUUUUCUAGGCAGCUAACAAAUGUCUUUUAAAAACCUGCAUUAGUCAUGGAGCUUAAAUUAGGGUUUUUUUUUGCUAAGUUAACAUCUUUGUACAAACCAAAAUCUGCUCCCUCCCUGUUCAUACUUUUCAUGUUUUGAAAUUAAUGACCCCUUCAGUUCUGCCGAAUCGGCUGCUCUGCACAUGCAUUGUGGGUUUUUUGUUUGUUUGGGUGUGGUUUUUGUUUGUUUGUUUUUCAUAGAAACUGAAUAAAUCAGAAGGGUCCUCCUAGCCUCAUGACAACAGAGAUCAAGAAGACCGUGUGUUGGCAACCCAGUUUGUCAGAGGACUGAGAACAGCAUCAAGGCAGGGCUUGGACCCCCACCUGAGUGCUUGCUGCCCCUCGACACGUGGUGGUGCGUGUGCUUGUGGGCUGAGCUGGUGACAAUCUUCUGCCCCGAGAGCCGGCCAGGACACUGUCUGGGCAGGAAGGGCUGACGUGGUGCUCAGAAAAGCAAAUGUGGUAUCUUAGGAAUUCUGCUGUCUGUGACCUGUCUGAAAGUCGGCGCAGAACGUGCUCUUUGUGCACCAUCUGUGCCCAGUUCCUCUUUGCCUCGUGCUUUUGGUCUUAAGGCCCCGAGUGCAGCUUAGUGCCCGUCUCAUGGCUUGGGAUGGGGCUGAGCAGCAGCGAAAGUGCUUGCAGAGAAGGUUGUAGUCACUGAGCUCCUGAAAGCAGCAAAUGUGAGGGGUUAGAUGUUAGAAGCAAGUGACCUUCAGGCAGGGAGCGAAGGCUGUGGAGCACCAGGGCUCCCAGAGCAGCGGCGUGCCAUAGCGAGCUGUCGUCCCCAUCUUCAGCAGAGAUGGCAACAUGGAGAGAAAAGAGGGGGGUUGCAAUCACAGAAGUGGAACAUCUUAAAAGCUGCUCCUGGAAAGACAGAAUAAGUGAGCUGAGAAUGAAAUUUAGCUGCUUAGGGGAUAUUGUUCAGGGAAGGAAAAUCUGGAACUUCUGUCGUGGGAAAGAAGGGCAGUCACAGAGCCCCUCUUCCAGGCCGUCGCUGUGGCUGUUCCAGGUGGUGUGAGUGUUUGUGUGGGCAAUAAGCAUCUGUGUCAUAACCCUGGGUGUCCUUAGGAGCAGGGAAGGGGAUGGCAAGGGAGGGGGUGAAAGCUCCUGCAGGGCUGUAGCCAGUGGCUUUACCAACCGUCAGGGUGAGAUGGGAGGAAGGACACUCUGCACCUGGGUUCAGGAGGCUCCUCACAGCUUCCUCUGCUCCCUGACUCGGGUGUGUAUGAGAAGAGGCCCUGGGUAACACAGACCUCAGGUCUGAUCCACGAUGUGGCUCCCGUGCUCAGUGUGAAGUUGCCCUCUACUUUGUGCGUGGCGUGAGGUUCGGUGGAAGUUGGUGCUGUGGUACAGGUCUAGUAAAGAGGCAGUACUGAUGGUGUCUGGGAUAAGAGUUGUAGUGAAACCACUGCCAAAGGCAUGAGUGCCCCUUCAUUGGUAAGUACAUAACCGUGCUUUUAAUUCCCUGUGGAAGCCACGCAUCCUCCUGGUCCCCGACCUGGCUGUUCAUGCAGUCAGCCCAGGUGCGCUGAACACUAGCACCACAAUCAUUUCCAGUCUGUAAAAUACUAGUGAUCAGCUUAUCUCAUCCCUCUCGCAGUAAGUACGGUUCCCAGUAGGGUCUGAACUUGCAAAAGCAGCAUAAGUUGGAGGAGGAGGAGGACAAGGAGCAAAGUGUGCAGCUCAGCUGGAGGAGGUAGUUAAAAUGCACACAGUUUUGUCCUGAGCUAAAAAGGUGAGCAAGGAAUGACAAGGUGAGCAGGAAUCCUGCAAGUAGCCCUUCAGCCAGGUUUACAGAUGCAGUAAAACUGCAGAAAAAGUCCAGAACAAGCGCCAAGGAGCUAUUGUAUUCAUCCAGUUUGAAAUAUGCGUUAAUAGGCUAGAGAGAGUCCUUGCUUGAAAUUGACAAUGCAAACUCACUUUCUGGGUAAGAAACAGACUAAUAAAUGUUUGCAUUGUAUAGAUGGUACAUGAAUGUUAAUGCUAAUAAAAUAGCACAUGCUGCUCUUAUUAAGAUGCUGUUUUUGCAGUAGGCUGGUUGUGUUGAGACCCUGCUGAAGAAGAGGAAGCGGCAUUGCUGCCAAGAGAAAUGCUCGUUAUGGGGGCUUUGCUACAUGGCAUGCUCCUCUGCUGAGAGUUUGCAUAUGCGGUCCUGACCCUUUUGUGUCUUGAGUGCUUUGUUGAAAUCGUCAUUUCUACAGAAGUUCUGCAGAGCAGAUGUGGUAGCUGGUGAAGAGCAAACAGCCUGAGCUGCUGCAGUCAUUUUAACUUCCCCACCUCCUUUUUAAAAACUCUGCGGCUGAUUUGUACUAAUUUUGUUGUCCUGAUAUAGCAGAGGGCAACAAAGAUUCUUACUUCUUACAGAUUACUCUUCUGCAACUCCAGUCAUGAGCCCAUCCUGUUUUCAUACUUGCUGCUUUUAUGCCAGGCCAGAAGAUAUCUUGUGCCAGGAGCUGUGCUCUCUCAGAUGCCUUCCAUGCUGCCAUUAGGAUCAUUCAUGCUGUCCUGGAGAAGUAUGGGACCUAUGAGAGCUUUGAAGUUGCCACUGGUGGGAGACUGCUGAGCAAAUGCCAGAUCUGGUCUGUUAUUCGAAAGUACAUGCAGAAGGAAGGCUGCGUGGGAGAGGUGGUGGUGCAGCUCACCGACGACCUCCUGUCCCAGGCCGUGAUGAUGGUGGAGGACAGCCGCCCGACGCUGGCGAUCAACCUGGCCGGAGCCCGGCAGUACUGGCUGGAGGGCAUGCUGCGCCACGAGAUAGGCACCCACUACAUCCGCGGGGUGAACAACACCCGCCAGCCCUGGCACAGCUCGGAGGGCCGCAAGCAGUACAGCCUGAAGCCCGCCAACCCCACGGAGGAAGGCUUGGCCAGCCUGCACAGCGUCCUCUUCCGCAAGCAGCCCUUCCUCUGGCGCGCGGCCCUGCUCUACUAUACCAUCGAGCGGGCCAGCCGCCUCUCCUUCUCCGCCCUGUUCCAGGACCUGGAGCAGUACGUCCAGGACGCCGGCGUCCGGUGGGAAUACUGCGUGCGGGCCAAGCGAGGCCAGACUGACACCUCUCAGCCAGGCUGCUUCAGUAAGGACCAGGUGUACCUGGAUGGGAUUCUCCGCAUCCUGCGACAUCGGCAGACCAUCGACUUCCCUUUGCUGGCUGCCCUUGGAAAGGUCUCCUACGAAGAUGUGAACCGCCUGAAGAAAUUUGGGGUGCUGGAGAAGGCCCGCAUCCCCCACUUCAUGCAGGACCUGGAGCGGUACAUGAAGCAGCUCGACCACAUCGUCACCACCAACCAGCUGAACGAGCAGGAGCUGGAGGAGCUGCUGCCCGACUGAGCGGCACCAGGCACCCCGCGUGUCUCAGCGCAGCCUGCCAGCACCUGGCUGCUGCUGCUGGCUCUAUUUAUUUGGUAUUUAUUGGGGCUGUCGAGCCAGUCCUUGCCUGGAGGAGACAGCACAGCUUGGGCUUCCGUCCGGGAGGCCAAUGUGCAUGUACCGCUGCGCAGGGUAGCGCAGCUGAGAUGGUCAGUGUGGUUGUUGUUGAUUGUCCCCCCCGCCCAGCUCCGUGCAUUUUGGGGAGUGCUGUGCCACUCUGCGUGGUUUUGGGGAGACAAGGGUUUGGAGGGAGCCAGGGCAGAGCCUGAGAGCUGCACCGGUCCCGCAGCAGGAGGUUGCGCUGGGCUGGUUGCAGUGGGGAGAGCACGGGAGGAUCCUCAGGGUACCAGGGAAUGUUCCCAGCUCUCCUCAUCCCCUCCCUGGCAGCAGGAGAUACUUUAAGUCCCCCAAAUAACCUCUGCUCUCCCUGCUCCUAGGUAUCCGCCCUGUCCCGGCAGACCAUGCAGACCCACAGAUAAUCAUUAUUGCGCACCCCAAAUCCAGCCACUCUGCCUGGCAUCAAGGCACAGGAGGACUCAGGGCGGGGAGCUGGCUUGAUGUUAUGAAAAAAAAGGUGUAAUAAAAAACAUGUAAUGGAAACUACGUGUUGGCAAAAUGUUACGGAUCGCAUCGAGUGCGAAAGCCUGGCUGGCACCACUGCUAACACAGCCUGCUCACAUGGGCAAAGCUGCAUGUUUCUGAGCUGGUGGGUCUGGAGCAGGAAGAGGUCACCAGGGUGUAAAACCACCUAAUGAGCAGGGACAGCACAAGUAAAUUAAAGCAGGCAACAGCAGGUGUUGCCCUGAGCCGUACAUGGUUUCCAAUGUGGGAUAUCUGCCACAGUCACAUAACCCCAGCUAAGCCAUCCAUGGGAGUUUUUAAAACAAAACAAAAAAAAAGAUUUGGUUUUUGCUUCUGCUAGCUGGAGCUCGUCAUCCCACUGAGCUCCCCUAAAGGUAGUACAGGCCAAUUUAUGGCUCCAGAGAGCCCAGGCUCAAUCCCAAGAGCUCCAAGUUUGGCUACAAGCUCAGUUCAUAACCCUCCAGCUGCUCCAGACACUGCUCCCAGUCUCACAGGGCAGCUGAGGCCCCUCUGCAGGCUGCUGAUACUGCAGCAGGCAGGACAGCAGAGAGCAGGUGUGGGAAGGGAUGAGACAACUGAGCUGGGGGAUUUUGCUUCCAUCUGGUCCAUGCCUCCAAGAAUAUGCUGGCGUUUUUAACCGCUCCCCUCUUUGAGCACCCCUGCAUGAACACUGCCAGCAUGGCCAAUUAGACUCUGCUCUUUAAUAUACUAUUUCCUCCAGCAUUGCAAUCCCCACCCUUGAACGCGAUACAGCACUGCUUUAGAAAGGUAUUUACACAUGCCAGCAUAACCCCCCGCCUUGUCAUCACAAGGAGCAAGGCCUCGACUGGCACUAAGAAACCAACCAAGGGAAGUCUCUUGCAGCCUUCAUCGUGGAAUGGCAGCAAUGACUGAGGGCAACAUAGAUACUGUGAUGGUUUCGGAUUGGUUUCUGUCGCAUCCCUGAUGAAAUAACAGCAUGGAGAUGAGAGACAGGGUUAAUCCAUCUCCCCGGCCAGGGCUAAAAGCGCUUCAUCUGGCGGCGUUCUUGUCGGCGCUGCUUCUUCUCGUUUGGUUCCUGACUGGCGGCCGAAGACUCGGCUGUAAACCAGGGCCCCAGGAUGUUCACCCACAGGAGGUACAGAGCACG